GAAGACGCUCGGAUAACCCGUGCGUUUCGUAAGGCUCGGAGCACUUGUACAUUUCUGCAGGCGCGUAGCGAGCCAUUCGCGGCGGCUGCUGCAGCUCUGACUGCAUCUUCCUCCUCCUCCUUCCUCCAGCUCCACGCGUGUGUAUGUGAGUGUGUGCGAGUGUGUUUUGCAGGUGUGCCCGUUUUAAUUCUGCCCAGGAGGUGGGACUUGGUGACUUUAGCACCAUUUUUUCUCUUUUAUUAUUAUUAUUUUUUGCCUUCCCACCGACUGCUGUUGCAACCCUGCAAAGUAUCGGAGUCGGAGAGUGCGCCUCGUUUCCAGAGCUCCUGGACCCCGCAAGCCGGCGAGCGCCGAGCCGGCCACCAUGCCCGGCAGACCGCGCCACUAGGCGCUCCCCGCGGCUCCCACCCGGCGGCGGCGGCGGCCGCGAUGGUUUCCGACGCUGAAGGAUUUUGCAUCUGAUCGCUCGGCGUUUCAAAGGCAGAGGCCUCCCUCCCCCUUCCCCCUCCCUUGCCGUCUUUGUUUCCUUCCCCCCCUGCUCUCCCCACUCCCCCCACCCCACCCCCCUCUCCUCUCCUCCUCCUCCUCUUUUUUAGAAGCAGCGAUCGGAGAUGGAUGUCUCUCUUUGCCCAGCCAAGUGUAGUUUCUGGCGGAUUUUCUUGCUGGGAAGCGUCUGGCUGGACUAUGUGGGCUCGGUGCUGGCUUGCCCUGCAAAUUGUGUCUGCAGCAAGACUGAGAUCAAUUGCCGGCGGCCGGACGAUGGGAACCUCUUUCCCCUCCUGGAAGGGCAGGAUUCAGGCAACAGCAAUGGGAACACCAGCAUCAACAUCACGGACAUCUCAAGGAAUAUCACUUCCAUACACAUAGAGAACUGGCGAGGCCUGCACACGCUCAACGCUGUGGACAUGGAGCUCUAUACGGGACUCCAGAAGCUGACCAUCAAGAACUCUGGACUCCGGAAUAUUCAGCCCAGAGCCUUUGCCAAGAACCCCCACUUGCGUUAUAUAAACUUGUCAAGUAACCGGCUCACCACGCUCUCCUGGCAGCUCUUCCAGACGCUGAGUCUGCGGGAAUUGAGACUGGAGCAGAACUUCUUCAACUGCAGCUGCGACAUCCGCUGGAUGCAGCUGUGGCAGGAGCAGGGGGAGGCCCGGCUGGACAGCCAGAGUCUUUACUGCAUCAGUGCCGAUGGCUCCCAACUCCCUCUCUUCCGCAUGAACAUCAGUCAGUGCGAUCUCCCUGAGAUCAGCGUGAGCCACGUCAACCUGACCGUCCGAGAAGGAGACAAUGCUGUGAUCACUUGCAAUGGCUCUGGUUCCCCCUUGCCUGAUGUGGACUGGAUAGUCACUGGGCUGCAGUCCAUCAACACCCACCAGACCAAUCUGAACUGGACUAAUGUACAUGCCAUCAACUUGACCCUGGUGAAUGUGACGAGCGAGGACAACGGCUUCACCCUGACGUGCAUUGCGGAGAACGUGGUGGGCAUGAGCAAUGCCAGCGUUGCUCUCACUGUCUACUACCCUCCACGCGUGGUGAGCCUGGUGGAGCCUGAGGUACGCAUGGAGCAUUGCAUUGAGUUUGUGGUGCGUGGCAACCCAACUCCCACGCUGCACUGGCUGUACAAUGGGCAGCCCCUGAGGGAGUCCAAGAUCAUUCACAUGGACUACUACCAGGAGGGUGAGGUCUCCGAGGGCUGCCUGCUCUUCAACAAGCCCACCCACUACAACAAUGGCAACUACACCCUUAUUGCCAAGAAUGCCCUGGGCACAGCCAACCAGACCAUCAACGGCCACUUCCUGAAGGAGCCCUUUCCAGAGAGCACAGAUUUCUUUGACUUUGAGUCUGAUGUGAGCCCCACACCCCCUGUCACUGUGACCCACAAACCAGAGGAAGACACUUUUGGGGUAUCCAUAGCGGUUGGACUUGCUGCCUUUGCCUGCGUCCUUCUGGUGGUUCUCUUCAUCAUGAUCAACAAGUAUGGUCGCCGGUCCAAAUUUGGAAUGAAGGGUCCCGUGGCUGUCAUCAGUGGUGAGGAGGACUCAGCCAGCCCACUGCACCACAUCAACCAUGGCAUCACCACACCUUCAUCGCUGGACGCUGGGCCCGACACAGUGGUCAUUGGCAUGACCCGCAUCCCAGUCAUUGAGAACCCCCAGUACUUCCGUCAGGGACACAAUUGCCACAAGCCAGAUACAUAUGUCCAGCACAUCAAGAGGAGAGACAUCGUGUUGAAGAGAGAACUGGGUGAAGGAGCCUUUGGAAAGGUCUUCCUGGCUGAGUGCUACAAUUUAAGCCCCACCAAAGACAAGAUGCUCGUGGCAGUGAAGGCCCUGAAGGAUCCUACCUUGGCUGCCAGGAAGGACUUCCAGAGGGAGGCUGAACUGCUCACGAACCUGCAGCAUGAACAUAUUGUCAAGUUCUAUGGGGUGUGUGGUGAUGGGGACCCACUCAUCAUGGUCUUUGAAUACAUGAAGCAUGGAGACCUUAACAAGUUCCUCAGGGCCCAUGGGCCAGAUGCGAUGAUCCUCGUGGAUGGGCAGCCACGCCAGACCAAGGGGGAGCUAGGGCUCUCACAGAUGCUCCACAUCGCCAGUCAGAUUGCCUCGGGCAUGGUGUACCUGGCCUCGCAGCACUUCGUGCACCGGGACCUGGCCACUAGGAAUUGCCUGGUUGGAGCCAACCUACUGGUGAAGAUUGGUGAUUUCGGCAUGUCCAGGGAUGUUUACAGUACUGAUUACUACAGGGAAGGGCCAUACCAGAGGGGCCCAUUCAGCGCGUCGUGGCAGCAGCAGAGACUAGCAGCGCCAGCAGCUUCCACACUCUUUAAUCCAUCUGGAAAUGAUUUUUGUAUAUGGUGUGAGGUGGGAGGACACACCAUGCUCCCCAUCCGCUGGAUGCCUCCUGAAAGUAUCAUGUACCGGAAGUUCACCACGGAGAGUGAUGUGUGGAGCUUUGGGGUUAUCCUGUGGGAGAUCUUUACCUAUGGGAAGCAACCAUGGUUCCAGCUCUCCAACACAGAGGUCAUUGAGUGCAUUACCCAAGGCCGCGUCUUGGAGAGACCCCGAGUCUGCCCAAAAGAGGUAUAUGACGUCAUGCUGGGGUGCUGGCAGAGGGAGCCUCAACAGCGGCUGAAUAUUAAGGAUAUCUUCAAAAUCCUUCAGGCUUUGGGGAAGGCCACUCCAAUCUACCUGGACAUCCUCGGCUAGUAGGACUGGUGGCCAAGCAUUUAUACUCUGUUGCCUCCUCUCUCCCUGCCUCAUAUCCACUUUCUCCUCAUCUCAACUCCUUUCUUCCAUCUUUGACUGAAAUGAACAUCUUCAUAUAAAUUCAAGUGCCUGCUACACAUACAACACUGAAUUUAAAAACAAAACAAAACAAAAGAAAGAAACCCUGUAAGGCAGUUUGACAUAUAUAUUUAUAUAUAUAUACAUAACUAUCUAUCUAUCUAUAUCUACAGAGAAUUACCUUCUCUAAUACAUAGAGACGCUGCUGAUACAGAAAACCCUAAGACAUUAACAACUGAGAAACAUUUUAAAUAUUAUUAUUAACACAAAUGAAAUUCCCUUGACUUAAGCUGUGGCCAUGCUUCCUCAGCUCUGACUUUCCAGAGCUCUUCAUCUUGACCGGCAGAGAGGGAGGAUGGGAGGAAGGCAUGGUGACGCACAAUCAUCCAUGCGCAUGCGCGACCCAUUGGCCGUGCUUGGCAAGGAAACAAUUCUGGAAGUCCAGGCCCUUUGGAAACAUCUCCGGCCUGCCUUGACCUUCGCCUCCACUCUCCUCCCCUUUUCUUCCUCUUUGGGGGCAGUUUUCUAAUUUUUUUCCAUUCUACAAAUAUAUAGUCCUGAUGCUUUUGGGAAUCAGCAAUGACACCUACGAGCAACUACUGAACAAAAGCCAACACCAGAUCCCACGAGAGCAAAGCCAUCCACGGCCCGGUUAAAUGCCGAGCAAGUCAGGGCGGGGGGACUCCGGGAAGAGCAAACCCCAGCCUUCUGGAUGUAAAUCACGCUCAAGUUCCUUACUGGGUUUGAAGAGCUUCGAUCCUCUGAACCUGAAGAACUGGAUUUAAAUUGGUGGAUUUAAAGACUCGAACCAAGGAAGUAAAAACAGCUGAGAAUCCAAUCAAGGCACUACCACUCAUCUUUCCAUCACUGGGAAGACUCUUUGGCCUGUCCUUGUCUUUUCAAGCCCUUGGGGAGUUGGGAGGUUUAGAGUCCACAUUCUCUGGGGUCAUCUCUUAAUGUGGACACAGAGGCUUCGGGGCUCUGGGAUUUGCUUAUUUGCUUGUAGAUCAUGAUUAGGCGUCCCCGUGGGUCUUAUUUUCUUAUCUCGCUUUCCCCACAUCCCGAGGUUCUCUCGAGUCCUGGGUAAACCCCAUUGCUAGGGAAGAAAUCCAGCUGAGAGCCUGAGGCAUGUGUGUUUCGAGGAGCCAGACACUGGCAUUGGCAAAAGUCAGCAGAGAAUCUACUUGGCACCUGCGUUGGGCCCUUGGCAUUCGCCUCACGUUUUAAGCCCUUGGAAGGAUUGAUACAUCUGCCUUUGAGUUGUUGCGAAAAAAGGCAGGGACUGAGA